AAUAACGGAAGCUAACAGAAAAGGGAUGGAAGUGCUUCAGACCGCCUAGAAAACAUGGAUAUUUCGAAAGUGAUUUUUCAUCUGAGGGACAUAAAGGCAGAAAUGGUUGAUGCAUGGCAGGAAGAAUUUGCUCCUUACAGCAAUACCGUUAAGGUUAGAAAAGGCGAAUGAUUUCAUUUGAUACCAAAUUCUUUCAUAGAUGGCGGGCUGUUACUUAUACGUAAAACAGCCUGGUCUCGUCAACAAGUGUAAAAUCAAAUGAUUUUCCCUCAGAAGCGAAACCAGUGGGUUUAUUUGUAUGCAUAUAGUGGAAAAACCUGGCAUUUUUAAGUGAUCAAGGUUAUUUCGGGCUGGCAUUUUAACUAAAUUAAGGUUAUUUCGGGCUGUCAGCCCAACUGUGGUUUGGGUAAGAGAUAACUAGAUAAAUGCAAGAGCAUAAUCAUACCCGCCAUUAAGGAUGUGGACUUUAUUAGGAAUGCCAAUUGAAUGGGUCAAAUAUACAACCCAGGAAUAUGAAAUUUAAUCUGACCAAAUCCAGCUAUUAGACUACUGUAACACUUAUGGAGAGAAUAACACUUCUUGACACGUUUUACAAUUUUUUCAAACUUAGCUUUUGUCUUUUUUAAGAUUUGACAUUUCUUGACUUAAUUUUUGGUAGAUAUCCUGUGGAGACAUUUUUAAAGGGGCUCCUGCAGCAGAUGCUAUUGUGUCCCCAGCAAACAGUUUUGGAUUCAUGGAUGGAGGUAUUGACAUGGUAAGGCAUCAUAAACAAUUAUCUUAUUGGGGGCAGGUCCUAUGGAGAUUUGAAAAGCAAUAUUUAAAGUAUUGCAGAAAAAAAGGGAACUAAACAAAAGGGAUGUUGUAUUGAGGUUUUCCUGUAUGUAGUCCACAGGAUAGGUUCUUCAUUGCCAGGAAAAGUUUUCCACUCGAGGUCCUCUCCCUCCUCUUUCCUACAACUAAAACUUUAUAAUGAGUAUUAUCCACUGAUGUACCCAAAUAUCAUGAUUAUGAUAAAUUGCCACUUUCACUUAACAAAUAGCACCCUAGACACUCCCCUUUGGCCACCCCCUUUCACCUUGUCUAAUUAUCAUUGCCUCUGUUGUUGUUUUGAACCACAGGUUUACAUCAAUCACUUUGGCUGGCAGAUGCAACACAGACUCCAAGCAUUUUUGAAACAGAAUCAUGAUGGUGAACUACCUGUAGGUCUAGCUGUGAUUAUUGAGACACUGUCCCCAGAUGAUAAUGAGAAGAAGUUUAAAAAUCCUGAGUUUAAUGAAGGAAAACUUAUUAAGUAUCUCAUCAGCACACCAACAAUGAGAAUACCGAUGAAUGUUAGUGAUACUGUCAAUGCUUAUCUGGCAUUCAGAGCAGUCAUAAGAGCUGGUUAGUUUAAUGAACUUUAUAUAUAUUUCUAAGUGUAAAAUUUAAAGCCUGUAGUUAUCUGGAGGACUGCACAGGCCCUCUAUAUCUGAACUAACCUCUUUUUCAAAAUCACCAAGGAACAAGGAGUAUUGCUACUCUUCCCAGACAAAAUGGUAGUUCCUUGAAGGUCAUACCCCAUGCAGAUUUAUCAAGGUUUCCUGCACAAAUUGCCACCACUACCAUUUACAUGUAGACUCCCUAGGGGCAGGGGACACUGUGAGGGUGAAGCAUCUUGCAGGAGAACACAAGAUAUGAACGUAUGAUCAUGACUUGGGCUUGAAAUCUGACUAUGAAAUCUGGGGUCAAGGACACCUACUAUAAUGCCACUGUGUCACUUCAUGCUAGUCAGUCUUGUAUAGAAUUGAUUUCAGUUUGUAUUGAAAUGACUCAGCCCCCUCUACAACUUUCCAUCUAUUAGAAGUUAAUCAAGUUCUGCCGAUGGAGCCAUGCUAUGUUUUGUAAUACAGACCAAUAUGUUAGCAAAACAACCUAUGAGAUGUACAUAUAUGUGAACUGACCUGAGAUGUUGGCAAAAUGACCUAGGAGUUUAGUAAACUGGUUGUUAGCAAAAUGACUGUUAGGCAAAACAACCACAAACACAAAUGCUAGUGAUAGGUAUACAAACAUGAACUCAAGAAAAAGUGCCUGUUCUGUCAAGAACAAUUCUUGUUUGGAAUACUUGGUACCCAAGUGAAUAACAAAUAGUUACCAAUUUAGAAAACAAUGGAAUGAAAAGAAUACAACAAACCAAGGAAAUAAGAAAAGAAAUGUUCUUACAGCCUUUCUGGCUUUGAAGAACAUGGUUUUAUGACCUCAGCCAGGUAGCCUGUUCCAUACAUUUGUUGUUUGUGUGUAUGACUGGAAUUGUGGGAAAGCAAAACUCAUGGUGGGCUAAGAUAACCCCUGAACUUUGCCAUUUGGCCAAAGUCUGUUCUCAUCUCCACUGAACAAAUCAGAGAGCUUAGCAUGGGCUUCAGUCAGACCAACACCCCAACGUUAAGGCCCGUGUUUCUUUCUCCCAUUCCCUGCAAGUUUCAGAACAGGAAAAUAUUUUUCCUUUAACAUGUCAAUCUUGUCUGCUUAUUUUUGGCAGUAAAGGAACACAACAAAGCAGAACAAAAUACCCAGAAUCAGAUCACCAGUGUGUUGUGUCCUGGCCUUGGCACAGCUGUUGGCAGGAUGCCUCCUAGGAGAUGUGCCUUCCAAAUGCGGCAAGCCUUCGAGAUUUGUGCGCUGGAAAUGAAAAGUUCAUUGAAAAAUCCGAAAGCCCUGGGGGAUGUGUGGCAGCAUCACGAAUCCAUGCAGCACUAUAAAACUAAACUAUAGGAGGAGACGAAGAUACCUCUUACAUAUUAGUGAAGUGCAGUUCAUAAAGGCUAGAGACUAUUUACCUGAGUGAAUCAACGCCAAAUAUACGCACGUGUUGGCUGUACAAUGGACAACGUAUUCAAAUACUGGACGAGGCUUAGCCGGGCAAAAUACCCAGGAUGUGGAAAAGUUAAAGGACUUGUAUCAGGAAGACAUGUAUAUAGGGGCUAACUUGUAUAUACUAAUGCACGUAUAAAGGGGGUAAGUUUCUAAAGAAACUUUGGUGCUGCGUUGGUGGGAGAGUAUAACAGGGUAAUUUAGUAUCAUCAACUGACGAAGCGUUGUUCUCACGAAGGGCUAACCCCCGAAACGUCAGCUUUGAAACUCUUUACGGUGGCCAAUUUACGUUAUUAACUCGGUUGAUAAUUCUAAAUUACCCUAAAUGCGCAUAUAGCCUGAGUCAGUUGUAGUGGAGGCGAUGGAAUAAGGGGGGCAAGAGAAAAUCUAUGAGGUUAGUCCCCCACGUUUUCCCCACACUCCCAUCGUUUUUUUGUUAUUCAUCGCAAACAGGGUCCACUGUAGCAGGCAAAUGUAUAUGGGGAUUUUUUUCGGAGGGGGACAAAGCUGAAAAUGCAUUACUCUUUUUAAUCCUUACGUAGGUAUGUCUAAACGUUUUUUUGAGGUAUUUUUCAUGAUGUCAACUUGAAUUACCUUCCUUUAAGUAGAAGAAAUCAUUAAAACACUUCUACUAUUUGAUAUAUUUUAUGAACCGAAUACAGCUUGCGAUGACUGAUAGAAAUAGUUAAAAAUUUUGUUUGAAAACUUCGAUAGCAUGAUAAUAGCGUAAUUUUAUGUUGUUUAAAAACUUAUUUCUAUGUAAAAAUUGUCAUAUAAGUAGUUGUAGUAUUGUACAUAGUUUUUUAUACGUAACUUGAGUAAGUGAUUCGAUUUCAACUAAGAAAUAGACCCUAUGCUGCCACGCAUCUCUUCAGUAACAGAUCACAGACGACGUCACAAUGUGCUAAGAAAGGAAAUGGCACUGAUGUUAUGACCACAUUUUGACGUCAUCUGUGAGUUGUUACUGAACAGACUCACGACAACAUGAAAAUUAUUUGUUGUAUGUGAUAAAGAAGCACAGUCUUUUUAAUCAUUGAUCAUCUAUAAGAACCAAUUAGAGGGCGAAUGUGAUUCGCCUUAUUUUAAAAGUAAUAAGAGUUUUUGGAAUUUCAACUGACCACCAUGUAAGUAACGGGAGAAGUAAAUAAAUGUAUAUACAUAUAAUGUAUGAAAAACGAGAAUAAACCAAAAGACGGUG